UAGCGGCUGGCAUUUGCUCUCUGGUGCUUCCUUAUUGCUUGUCGACUAUUUUCCCCUUCAUUGGUAGACAUGGCAGGAAAGCAAAGUAAACAGAGAUAAGGAGAGAGAGAGAGAGAGAGAAAAAAAAUCCGGCUCAUUCAUUGGCGAUGUUGGUCAGUGACGCGCUUUAGAAAUCCUGCUAUUUAUUGACAGGAAAUGUAGCAAACAGCCUUAUCACUAACUGGUCUAUAAAACUUGAGAAGUCCCAUCCAGGGGCCCUCACUUAACCCAUCCCGUUAGCUCUGGGAGGAGAGGAUGUGCACGGGAAAAUGCGCCAAGUGUAUUGGGGCUUCCUUGUACCCCCUUGCUUUCUGCUGCGUUAUAGCCAACAUCCUACUUUUCUUCCCCAACUUCGAAGUGGAAUAUGUGGAGGACACCAACAAAUUGACACCAGAGGUCCUGUAUCUAGGCGGGAUUCUUGGAGGCGGAAUCAUGAUCUUGUUUCCAGCGAUACACAUCCAUGCGACUGGUAAUGGAGGCUGCUGUACCAAUAGAUGUGGGAUGUUCCUCUCCAUAAUCUUUGCUGCUUUGGGAGUCGUGGGUUCAGGGUACUGCCUGGCUACUUCAUCACUGGGCUUGGUGAAUGGACCAAUGUGUGUUGAUGGAACAGGGAAUUGGACGAGACCUUUCCUCACUGACUUUGAAGACUUAGAGGGGAAUUUCUCCAUCAGUGAGGAAAAUUAUCUCUUCCAUUACGAAUUGUGGGACAAGUGCCAUCGGCCGAAAGAUGUGAUCCUCUUCAAUGUGGUCCUCUUCGCCUUGCUGAUAGGCUGCAGCCUCAUUGAGCUGGUGCUGUGCCUGCUUCAGAUGAUCAACGGUCUCUUUGGGUGCAUCUGUGGGACUUGUGGGAAAAGGAGAGCGAACCCUGUGUAACACAAGCCGGAUCAAAAAAGCAGUGCACUGUUUUGCCACCGAUAAAAGUCAUGAAGUCAAAUCACACAGAACUUCUUGCAAGAAAAAUAAUUUAUCUUCGUCUUAAACAUGGUUUCCCAAGCUUUCCUUCACUGCAAGUCCCCUCCUUCCCUGCACAGCCUGUUCUUAAUGUAUCGUGAUUCAUAUUGUGCAAACUGCCGAAAAAUGCUUAUAAUAAUGGAGCAAUCCGAUAAUAAAGCAAGGAUCCUGAUGUUUGGCUGA